AUGGGUCGUUUUGGAAGAGUAAUAGUGGUUCCAAAAGAUGGAGACAACCUGCUCCGGGCAGAAGUGUGGCACGAAUUGCGAUUGCUGGACGAUCUCAUACAAAAUGCCACAGUUCAGUGGCCUCCUGCAAAAGGCUUAGGAGCAGGAAUGGACGACGAUGAGGAACCUCAUACUUUUACUUACCAUGAUGCCUGCGCCAGGUGGCAGCAGCAGUGUUUUACGAAUGAUAUCCUGAAUUUGGACCACAUUAUCGAAGAUGUGGAAUCCGGAGCACUAAAUCUGACUUUCCCAGUAAUGUUCAACCCAGUGACCUGGGAUGCCCAUGCUUUUCCGGUGUUCUUUGGUGGGACGGAAGUUGAUGACGAAGGCCUCAUCCGAAGAGUUCCUUCUUUACAAUUGGUUUAUUUUGUGGCUGCAGACACCAGGAGGCAGGAUGCAAAGGGUGCAGCCUGGGAAGAAGCUUUUCUUGAUGCAGUCGGACAGGCUGAAGAAAAUGGAUACUUUAAACACAUAUCAGUAGCUCGUUUUGCAUCACGUACCCUUGAUCAUGAACUGGAAAAAAAUACUCGCACAGUCGUUCCUUAUUUUGGAUCUACUUUUGCUAUCAUGGCUCUAUUUUCAACGAUUACUUGCAUGAUGGGGGACCAGGUCCGUUCUAAGCCUUGGCUCGGUUUGUUGGGAAAUGUAUCGGCUGUAAUGGCAACUUUGGCCGCGUUUGGAAUGUCCAUGUACCUGGACAUUGAAUUUAUCGGAAUCAACUUGGCCGCGCCUUUCCUCAUGAUAGAUUUUGUAAGCAAUACCUAA